AUGCCUCCAGAUAAGCUUAUAUCCACCCACAAUUUUGCUACAGGAUCUCCUUCAUACCUGAGCAAGGCGUCUCAAAAAUUCAUGUUUGGGGAGACAAUCGCAACCAGCCCGCCAAACAUCGUCAACCAUAUUCAAUCUUCCAUCCCCUCAGCUCGAAAUGUAGUUUUUGUAGGCCAUGGUAUUAUUAAUGACCUUCAGGCUUUACAUGCUCUCGAUUUCGAGUAUCCAGUGCUUCUCUCGAGCGUUUUAGAUACCUUUUACAUCGCUAAUGAGGUGUUUGAGUAUUGGGCUGGGUCUCUUAGCGAUUUACUCCUUUCUUUAGGAUGUUCCUUUAAUAGUCUUCAUUGUGCAGGCAAUGACGCUAAUUUUACACUAAGAGCUCUACUUCUUCUAGCUGCUUGCGGGUUUUCUAAGCAGCAAGGAGAGCAAGAAGAGGAUCGCGACACGCUUGCUUACCUGAGGCAAAUUUCAGCCUCUCCAAUACCACAUUGGGUUGAUCCAGAGGUCCAGGCUCUGCAAAAAAGGGAAAGGAGGAGUGCAAAAAGUCGGAAGCACCAAUCAAAGACGUGGAGCAAGGAAAAACAAGAAGAAAUCCGUGCAGCUCGACAGCUUAAGAAGAAGCGGAACAUUACGGAAGCUGGAUAA